AUGGAUCACUGCUUGCUGGCUCACCGGUGCAUUCCGGUUGAGUGCCCUGCAUCGCGCUGCACCUGUCCAACUCUCCUGUCUCCAUCUGUCAAUAUUGUCUUCAUCAUCUCCACGCCAAUUGCACGAGUGCCCACGCAACCUCUGCUGCGGUUGAUUGGAUGUGACGGAACUCAACGCCAGCAGGUGGUUGCAAUGCAUGGACGAUGCAAUUCACGCCGCGUCACACCCCAACCAGCGACAUGCCAACAGCAUCACACUGGUCUCCUCUUUCUCGCAUCAGCUAACUUGCGUGUCUCCCUUCGCACCCUCCGCUUUGCACGUGGUCAGCCUGUCAAGCGCGAAAUGAGCAUUGCAGACUGA